AUGUGUCGGGUUUUUUUUAAAUUUUCUCCUUUUACGUCGAGUGGUUUUAAAAUGGGUGUAGUUCUGCGCAAUCUCCAGAAGGUGGUGCCUCUGCGCCGCGCCCGACUGCGCAGGGACGUCGACACACUCAGACACAUACUGGGCGUCCAGAAGUUUGACCUGGGCAUCAUCUGCGUGGACAACCAGAAGAUUCAGCAAAUCAAUCACAUGUAUAGGAAGAAAAACGUGCCCACGGAUGUUCUCUCGUUUCCUUUCUACGAGGACCUGAGACCUGGGAAGCUGCCUUGCCCCCUCCAUAGAGAUGAGCUGAACCUUGGGGACAUUUUCUUGGGUGUGGAGUUUGUGAUGAAGCAGUGUAAGGAGGACUCCUUGGACCUGCACGGGGCCCUCACUGUCAUCACUGCACACGGUAUCUGUCACCUGCUGGGCUACAGACACGAGACAGAGGAAGAAUGGACUGAGAUGCUGCAGAGGGAAAGCUACAUCCUCAGCGAGUACAACAGACUCACAGGAAGACAUCUAGAGCCACUGACAAAGAGAUGCACUCAGGAUAGGUGACACUGGCUGUCGCCUGUUAUCUCUGCGGUUGCACUACGUGCUUUAUGGUGCUUGAUGUUUUUGUUCACUAUCCUUAAAGCAGGUGGACUUUUGUUGAAUAAACUUUAAUUCAUUCCCUCAUUCAUACACAAAUGUAAGUCCCCACCUGGAUGCGGUCUUCUCCACAGUCACAAUGUGCAGCUAUUGUUUUUAAGGCCUUUUUAUCAGCUGGCAGUAGACGUGUAGCAGUUUGUGGAUAUCCUCAUUAAAACACUGGAUGUGAAUGAAAGACAUUUUAAAAGAUCAAAUAAAAAUAAAAAAGGUCUGUGCA